CACCAUCGGGGGAACGAAUGGUUCGACGUCGGCGUGGAACCGCGGCACGGAUCCUCGCCACGGGAUAGGACGUGCUCGAGGAGCUCUGGUGGUGGAAACCGACUUCGGAGUGGGGUCGAAAAGGUCGACCUCGAGGGGUGGGGGCAGUCGGGUGGUUAGGUUGGGUUCUAUAGAAGUCUAACCGGCAGUCAGUGCCUCCCAGGGCCCCGCGCCGUCAGUUUCGUUGGUGUUGUGUGUCGUGUAACGUGUCCUCUCUCUCUCUCUUUCUCUUCUCUCUCUCUUUCUCUCUUCCUCCUUCUCUCCCUCUCUCCUCUCCACCCUGUUUCCACCGAUAUAUAUACAUUUUUUUCCUUUUUUGUUACUCUCGUCACGCUACCACCACGAUCGACGCCCGCGAGUGAUAAGGGAAUAAUCGUGCACGCGCGCGACUCUCGACGCUGGGUGACGGAUGGUGCGUGUCCAGGAAUCCGAGCCCAGGGUCACGGUUCGCGAACCAACGAUCCAGGCGAUCCUCCAGGUGGGACUAAGAGUCAAUCGAGAAGGCCCAUCCGGAACGGAGGAUCGCUGAAGAGGAUACAGAUCUGCGCAGAAACGACGCAAGAAUGCGGAGGAUCGAUUUGGAGUCCCGGAAAGGUGGCUGGAAGCCUUCGGAAUAAUCGUUGUCGGUUCGAUGCGAGUGAAGACUAUCGAAGGAGUCGAUAUUGGUGGAUUAAACGCGAGUGACGGAGUCCAGGGAUCGAGGUGGCCCGGGUGAUGACAAGGUGGAGAGAGAAAUUUCGUCGGGGGAGCAAUCGCGGCGAGCUUCCGGGGGCUAGGAAGCUUCUUGGAGGACGUUCUCAGAACAAAAUGGCGUGGGCGCCGGCGAACCGUCCUCGGGAUCCGUCGAUCGGAGCGUGAACUGACUCCGUGAAUGAAGCUUCCUCAAUCCUGGUUACUUUUGAACUCCUGGGAACUUUUGAGAAGGGAUUCGAUGAUCCAACCAGAGCCUCCGAGUGUAUUCUUCAUUUCUGGAAAAUAUUCCAGACCUAACUCAGACCUAACCCAGGUGAAUCCUCAGUUUCCGAGUGGUAACAGUGACUCUGAGUGAACAGUGUCUGAACUAAACAUUCUGAAACUCCUCGAGACGCCUUGAGAAACCUUAAAAAAUCCGCUUGGGUCACUGGAGACCCGUUUUAGUAGUUCUUCGGAGUUCCGGAAUGAUUCCAGUGUUCUCGGGGUUGUGAACGGUGACUCUUGCCUCUGGUCUCUGACUAGUGACUUCGCGGAGUCUUCGUGGUUUCGCGGGGGAUCGUCGAGAGCUCGGGAGUGUCGAACUUUUACUAAAGGUUAUCGAGAAGAGGUAAGUACGACCUGCGGUCGUACUUGGCGCGAAGGCUUCAAGAUUGCUCGAAAAUCGUCGAAGGAGGUGCGCAGGGCUGGAAGAGCGAUGGAAAUCGGGGGUGCGGCGAUGCAGAGGUUGGGCACUGCCGGGGGGCCCGGGCCCCUCAGCCUACAGGGCCCUCCAAGGUCAGUGAAAAUCUCACCCGUUAACAUACAGGACGAGCCUGGCGACCUCACUUCCCAAAAAAGCACAACUUCGCAUUGCGUAGGCUGCGGCGGCCGAAUCCACGAUCAGUGGAUUUUGAGAGUAGCGCCAAAUUUGGAAUGGCACGCGGCAUGUUUGAAGUGCGCGGAGUGCCAGCAGUUUUUGGACGAGCAUUGCACCUGCUUCGUACGAGAUGGAAAAACCUACUGCAAACGGGAUUACGUCAGGCUAUUCGGGACGAAAUGCGACAAGUGCAGCGAGUGCUUCAGCAAGGAUGAUUACGUGAUGAGAGCAAAGAGCAAGAUUUAUCACAUAAAGUGCUUCCGAUGUUCGGCGUGCAUGAGGCAGCUGGUACCUGGCGACGAAUUUGCCUUGAGACAGGAUGGUCUCUUCUGUAGGCACGAUCACGACGUCCUGGAAGGCGGAAAACUCUGUUCGGGGGCCGCUGGUGUUCCUGGAAACGAGAACAACAACAACGCUUCACUCAUGAACAACAACCACCAUCUGCAUCCCAACGACGGCUCGAUAUCAGAUUCGGGGUCCGAGAGCGGAUCACACAAAGCCAGCGUGGGAGGCAAUCGAGGAACGGGCAGCCAUAAAAGCAGCGGCGGUUCUGACGGAAAGCCGACCAGAGUUCGCACAGUGCUGAACGAGAAACAGCUUCACACUCUGAGAACUUGUUACGCAGCGAAUCCGCGACCCGACGCACUUAUGAAGGAGCAGCUGGUGGAGAUGACGGGCCUAAGUCCGCGCGUAAUCAGGGUAUGGUUCCAGAACAAACGGUGCAAGGACAAGAAGAAGACCAUCGCCAUGAAGCAACAGAUGCAGGAAAAGGACGGUCGUAAACUGGGCUUCGGAGGAAUGCACGGAAUUCCAAUGGUGGCCAGCAGUCCCGUGAGACACGAAAGUUCCAUAGGAAUGACGCCACUGGAGGUGCAAGCUUAUCAACCACCGUGGAAGGCUCUUUCGGACUUCGCUCUUCAUACCGACUUAGACAGGCUAGACCCCAACACCCCAUCGUUCCACCACUUGGUGUCACAGAUGCAUGGCUACGAUCUCCACGGUGGACCACCUCAAUUGCCACCUCCAGGCAUGCUCGGCGGACCCAUGAACGACGGUGGAGGCGGCGGGGGUGGCGGUCCUCUGCCACCGCCCGGUCCUCAUCAUCCUGGCAGCGGUGGUCCGGACAUGAGUCAGCAUCCUGACAGCACCGAUAGCUACGUAACUUAUCUCGAAAGUGACAGUGACUCCCUUCACCACGAUACAGGAAGUCCAUAGUGUUGUGCAGUGUGGCCAGAACGAAAGUGUCCGCUUUCUUCGUGGUCUUCUUUUAACAAGUGCUUGAAGAGAAUAGUAGUCUGCGAGAACACAUAGGGGUGAAAUGAAUAUAGAGUGAAAUGAAUAUAGAGUGAAAUGUACAGCUGGGACUAUUUGAAAGUUGUUUGGAAAGCUUGAAGCUUAUCUUGAGAGGUAGCUUGACCCUUUCGCGCCUGACACGAUUUCUCCAGAGGAACGUGUGUAAAAUGUUUCCUUUUUCAUCGAGGAAUGUUUCCUUUUUCGUCGACAAAGCCGACCGCGGCGACUGGAAAACCCAAACAAAUCAAAUUUUAGUAAACCGAAUUUUCGGUGUGUCGCUGAGUCUUCGAAUACGGUGAAUCCUGCCUAAGAGGCGCGAUGGUUCUCUGCUUAAGAGACGCUUGGUUACCCCCACCUCGGAAGGUGCUCGCAAGCACUACUCUCGAGCUUGGAGUGGAUAUCGAUCAGACUCGUCGACGCCUAAGAGACAUCUAAGGUCUCGAGAUAGCGCCUCUUAGACAGGAAUCAAUCUAUACAACUGUGAACUCUUGAUUUACUGUGAUGUUGCAAUUACAUUAUUUUAAAUGAAAUGAAAAUUAAGAGCAAUCGUUGUAGUUCGAUAAAGCUGAUUAAGUUUCAGGGUUUUUUAAUAUUAACAUUUAGGCACCUUUCAGGAACUUAAAUAUUUUAAAGAUUCAGAUCCUUAGGAAUGAGAUUCUAAACGGAAUUAUAUCGCAGUGAUUCUUGGCACGCAAAUUCCCUAAUUAUAUUUGCAUAAAUUAUUAUUGGUAUAUUUAUAGGGAACGUUCUAUUUACUGUUUUUACAAAAUUAUAAGCUUAUAUUUAAAUGUGUACUAAAUGUAGAACGUUGUGUCCUUUCAUAAAACAUUGUUUGGCGUACGUAAGCUUACGAAAUAAUUAUUUGAUGAACAAUUGGGCAACGAAUAAUUUUGUUGUUACCGAAAUAUGAAAAGUUUUCUUAUCAGAAAGGUGUAUCACGAUUUUUAAAAUAUUUUGCUACCAAUGUAUCGAAUGUUAAUCUUAUUCAAUUCUUAUUCCACUAUAAAAAAAUAAUUUCGAAUAAUUAUUCAAAAUCUGACCAACGAUAUACAACUUUUCUUAAAAUCUCACCAUUAAUUUCUGCGCGAAAGGGUUAAGAGCGAUCGACCUUUUCUAUAACUAAAAUGAAAAAAAAAACAGAAAACGAAUCGUAACAAAGAAAAUAAUCCGCAGGAACAAGAGCUUAAAUAACAAAAAAUCGCAGCAAUGGUUCGAGUUGCCGCCAUUAGAUCGAAAUAAUUUAAAAACUAUCGUAAGGACUGCAGGAAAGGAAAUGCGUAUCGGAGCGAAUAAAAGUCGACGAUUAUUUAAACAAUUAUUUUGCCAAAUUGUAGAGAAACUCGAUUAUUGAUUAGGAGUGCGAGGAAGUCGUUGAGUACUGUUGGAAACUGACAAAAAAGGAUCUGGAAGUAAGACAGUUGAGUAAACAAACAGUCCUUUUAUACAGGGUGUCCCAAAACUCGCGUAGAAGCCGCAAAUAGGGGGUAGCUGAGACGAUUCUGAACAACAAUUUCCUUUGCAAAAAUGUCGGUGGGGGCUUCAUUUUUGAAUUAUUAACGAAAAACACCGACCAAUCACAGUGCCCGAUUAGCACGCGCUCAGCUGGCUACGCAGCGACUUGGCGCAACCAGCCAAUCCUGGGUCGAGCUUAUGCUCUCGCGACUUGUGAUUGGUCGGUGUUUUUCGUUAAUAAUUCAAAAAUGAAGUCUCUACCGACAUUUUUGCAAAGGAAAAAGUUGUUCAGAAUCAUCUCAGUUACCAUUUCCGGCUCCUACGCGAGUUUUGGGACACCCUGUACAGUCGCGUAGUUACCCCCACCACUUCCCAUAGCUGCGCGCGCAGAUCUUAGCCUUCGUCGCUCAUUCUCCCGCGCGAAAUCGAGUUUGAUAGACGUGUUAAUUUCCUGGACCAUCUCCUAACCUUCGACCAACCUUUCCUUUGGGCAGAAUCCAGAUUCAUUUCCUUUAUUUCAUGGUACGUACAUCAGGUUCGUUCUUGUCAGCUACCAAAAGUAGAAAGUAUGUAUAUGAAAUCGACGAUCGAAUUUAUCGCAGUAAUUGUAAUUGAUUUUUCGCGAGACGAUCAGUAAAGAAUCGAUAAGUCCGUGGAAAACGCUAUGGCGAUAUUUUUCAAAGUCACCCCCUGUAAAAUGAAAUUUAAUUACGUUCAGUAAUUAAAAUUAGAAAGGAAGGACAAGGUUGUUAUAAUUUGCGAAGUGUGCAGACGAAAUAGUGAAAAUGACGAUUAAUUUGAGUAUUUAUUAAGAUAGGUUGCCAUCGUGCGGAUAUUUUUAAGCGAAAUUCACCCUCGUACACUGAAAUUGUCG